AUGGCGGAUCCGAGGGCGCGACGAGCUUCAUGGGGGGCGAAGGGGAGGUCAUGUGCCGCAUUUCGUCGGUGUCUUUUUCUCGUUUUCCUUCUAUUCCUCGCUCUCGGCGACGACGCGGCAGAGAGACGAUCCGCCCCAUGCUUUGCACAGGCUCUCGUCUCGUUCUCACGUCCGUCCUCGACGAGGUCUUCUCCUUCGUUGUCUCCUCUUUCCUCGUCUUCGCCUUUCUCCCUUUCCGGUUCUGUCGCCUCAUCAUCAAAGGCAUCUCCUUGUCUCUCGUCGCAGUCUCUCUUUACAUCGAAUCUCCAUCCGCCGCCCAUCCACGUGGAGUUCUCGCGGGUGUCUCCCUCUCUCGCUUUCGUGUCUCUCGGCGUCCCGCGAAAGCGGUUGCAAACGACUCGUCUCUUCUCACGGUCCUCUGGGAACUCCACCUUGCGUGUCGGCUCUCGAGCGUCCCCUCUCGCCCUCGCUCAGGCCCGAGAAUUCGUCUACCGCCUCGCUCUCAAGUUCCCCCAGUCCUUUCCACGCGCACACGAAAUCAUCCAAACAUCCCUCGCCACUUCGUCGGAUUCCUUAUCUCCUUCUUCUCCUUCCUCCUCUUCUUCUCCUUCCUCUUCUUCUCCUUCUUCCUCUCCUUCUCCUUCUUCUCCUUCAUCUUCUCUGUCCGCUUUUCUGACUUCGCGCUUGCAUCUCGACUCUCAGCUGGAGUACGGGGAGUUGUGCAUUGUGCCGCUUCAGACGACAGGCGACUCCGCUUUGCAUCUUCCCCUCGCCCAGCUCGGGGGGAAGGGACUCUUCACGAAGGAGCUGGACGUGGCAUUGCUUGCAGGCCAAGUCGACGUCGUCGUGCAUUCGAUGAAAGACGUGCCCACAGAGCUUCCGCCGGGGACGGAGAUCGGCGCCUUCCUCCCUCGCGAGGACCCGCGAGACGCGUUCAUCUACGCGCGUCAAGAGCCCCGCCCGUCCCAGGAAGACGCUGACCGCGAGGCAGGCGAGCCGGCCGCCUCGCGGGGCGCAGCUUCGGCCUCAGCUGCAGCCUCUGGAGACUCGGGCGUCUCCCUACUUCGGUACCUCCCAGCCGCGCUCUUUCCUUCCCUGAGACACUGCGAAGGCAACGCGCCACAUGACACAGGAGAAAAAGGAGACAAAGAAAGAGGAGAAAAUGGAGAAACCAGAGAGGCCGGCGAAUGCGGGGUGGAGAAGGAACACUUCGGCGAUGCGGGGAAACCCAUAUUCGGCACCUGUUCGCUCCGGCGCCAGGCUCUCCUGCACGCCCUCUUGCCGCCCGGGAGCUUCCACCUCAUGGGGCUGCGCGGAAACGUGCAGACGCGCAUGCGGCGUAUCGAGGAAGGCAAGCUCGACGCCACUCUCCUCGCUGCCGCCGGACUCAAGCGGCUCUGCCUGCUUCCUUCUCUCCUCUCGCCUUCGCGUGAUUCGGGUCCUCUGGCGUCGCCUCUCGGCUGCGUCUCAACGCAUGCGCGCGGACGCGCAUGCGUCGAGGCCGUGCUGUUGCCCGCCGAGGUCUUUGUGCCGGCGGUGUGUCAGGGCGUCGUCGGCGUCCAGUGUCGAUCCGCGGACACGCGCAUUCUCUCGCUUCUUCACAGCUUAAAUUCGCUUUCCUCUCGAGGCCAGGCCAGGUGCGAACGGGCGUUUCUCCGGGCCCUCGACGGCAGCUGCCGAACGCCGAUCGCUGGUAUUGCGCAGUGGCGAGGCGUUACGGACCGUCGGCAGGAGACCACACAGCCCGAGAGAAAAACUCCAGAUGAGCGCACAGAUCGCCGAGACGUGAAGGGCGGCGAAGAAGGCUGGGGAGGCCAUCCAGACUGUUUUACGGAGAAGGCGGAACUGCGAUUUUGCGGGGUUCUCGCGACACCCGACGGAAAGCACUUGUUCCGCCACGAGCGAGCCGUCCAGGGUGUACGUACACCCGAGGAGGCCGAAGAGCUCGGCCACGCAGUUGCGGAAGAAAUCAAGAAAGCAGCAGGAGCUCCACGGCUCGCAGAGAUCAAGCAGGAGGUCACCGAGGGCUGGAAGCAUUUGAAGACAUUUUGA